AUGCUGAAGGCUACAGUGUUACCGAAUUCUUGCUCUUCACGGCGUGUCAACUGCUCGAAGACUAAAUCGGCACAUACUACUGUGGUUUAUGAUAAUGCUGCUGAGCGGCGUAUCGCUCGGUCCGACGAAGGCCAUCGACUUGGUGCAGGAGAUGCACCUGCUGUCAGCUUGAUCGGAGGCGGUCAAGAGGGUGGAGCAGCAAGAGCAGAAGCAAGCACGAACAGAAUACGGAAGGAAGCUGAGAAAAGUGCAGAAGGGGUUGACGAUGCUGACGUGGGUAUUGUGGAGAUAGACAACUUUGUCGAGGCCAUACUGUCGCGGACCCAGCACCGAAAAGUCCCCAUAGGCAUUAAUAGCGGAGCACCUUUUAAUUGGAGGGCUUGUCAAUUAAACCAGACUUUGUAA